AUGCAGUGAACCUGCCGCUCGUCCUCACUCGUGGCACACAACCAAAUGUGGAGAGAACCAGCCUGAUGCCAGCAUGAUGCAGAUAUCUCAGGGCACGAUGGGCCCUCCUUGGCACCAAAGCUACCAUUCCAGCUCUUCUACAAGUGACCUCUCCAACUAUGACCAUGCUUAUCUGAGGCAGAGCCCUGACCAGUGCAGCUCCCAGGGGAGCAUGGAAAGCCUGGAGCCUAGCGGUGGAUACCCAGCCUGCCAUCUCCUUUCUCCUGCUAAGUCCAUGAGCAGCCUCGACCAGCUUGGCCACCUCCAUAAUAAAAGAGACUCAGCGUAUAGCUCCUUCUCUACAAGCUCUAGCAUUCUAGAGUACCCACCCCCUGGUGGCUCUGGCCAAGAACGUUCAGGUUCCACAGACAUGAUUUCUGCUCGAGGUGGCCUCCUAGAAGGGAUGAGACAAGCAGACAUUCGCUAUGUCAAGACAGUCUAUGAUACCCGGAGGGGAGUAUCGUCAGAGUAUGAGGUGAACCCUUCAGCCUUGCUUCUUCAAGGUAGGGAUGCCCACGUGUCAGCAGGUAUUCAGGGCUGUGCUAAAUGGCACAGCGUUCCUCGGGGCAAGGGAGCACCCUCCCCACCUUGGAGCCAGCAGUGCCCCAGCUCUUCAGAUACUGCCACUGACAACCUGCCUCAUAAAGUGGGUGCACCCAUGCCCCCCACUCGGAGUGACAGUUAUGCAGCCUUCCGGCAUCGCGAGCGUCCCAGCUCCUGGUCCAGCCUUGAUCAGAAGAGGUUCUGCCGACCUCCGACAAACUCCUCAGGCUCCUUGAAAACCCCGCUCAUUGAGGAACAGCUGCAUACAGUCCCAGAGAGGAGUCCAGAGAACAGCCCCCCAGUGAAACCUAAGCACAGUUAUACCCAGAAGAUGCAGCCUGGCCAACCCCUACUGCCCACUGGCAUCUAUCCGGUACCCUCUCCAGAGCCACACUUUGCCCAGGUGCCUCAGCCUUCUGUGAGUAGUAAUGGUACAGUCUACCCUGCACUGGUCAAAGAGAGUGGAUAUGCAGCUGCUCAGGGAGCUUGUAACAAGAUGGCUACCUUAGAUGAGAAUGGGAACCAAAACGAAGCUAACAGGCCUGGGUUUGCCAUCUGUCAGCCCCAAGAGCAUGAAUUGGUGACCCCAGGGGAGAGAAAUCCAGAACCCACCGCCAAAUAUGUCCCCUACAAAGUCCACUUUUCUUCAGUGCCUGAAGAUGAAGAUUCCUCCCUGAAGAGACACGUCACACCUCUCCAAGGCAACAGCCCAUAUCCCAGUGAGAGAAAGAACACCCAUGGCAGCAGACCUUGCUCGAAUCACCACAGCCUCUCAUCUCCUCAGGCCCAGGUCUUGCACGCGGGAGAUGACAGGAGGCCUUCCAGGCUCCUUCAGCCCUUUGACGUUCAGGAAGAUCACAACGCCAACCCCAGGCAGAAACUGGAGAGGGAAGGUCUAGGCCAGAGCCAGUCAGGCAACUUUGGCAGGACCAAGUCGGCCUUCUCCUCUCUCCAGAACAUUCCAGAGAGUCUAAGAAGACAAAGCAGCCUCGAGCUCGGAGGAGAUGCCCAGGAGGGUUACCCAGGUGGCAGGCCCGCCUGUGCCCUCAACGCCAACGUGGAAGAGCCUGGCGGGAAAGCCGGGCCCGACCACAGGAGCUACCAGGACAGGCCCAGUUCCCAUCCAAGGCCGGAGGGGAAAAUGAAUACAGUCGCAGACUCUUUGCAGGGGGCAGACUCAAGGUCUGAAGAGCCCCCGGGCCCACCACUCCUGCAGACAUCGGGUCUGAACCAGAGGAGGCUCAGCUCCAGCAGCAGCACCUCUGCCCCACAGUACCGGAAGCCCCACUGCUCGGUGCUGGAGAAGGUCUCCAAGAUCGAAGAGCGAGAGCAAGGGCGUCACAGGCUCCCGAGCGUGGGCAGCUGCUCCACGUACGGCCUCAACUAUAGGCCCCACAGGACCGGCCCGACCUCCAGCCCUAACGGCGGCGGCGACUUUGAGGAUCCAAAAGUCAGCACCCACCAGCCGAGGACCUGCUGGAGCGCUCUGACACCCUGGCCGUCCCUGUGCAUGUGAGGUCCCGGUCGUCUCCCACUGCAGACAAGAAAGGCCAGGGUGUGCUCCUGAAAGAAGACAGUGGCUUUGGUUUUGUGAAGGACCCGUGUUGUUUGGCUGGCACUGGAUCUAGGUCUAUCAGUUGCUCAGACAGAGCCCAGAAAGAGCCGGCAUUGCCCCUUCACCAUCCUACCCCUUGCUGGAAUGGCUCAAGUUCUACUCUUGGUUCUUCAGCUCCUACGGAAUGUUCUGGCACCCCAGACCAUCCGAAGCAACUUAGAAUACCUUGCCCUAGGCCGCUUUCGGCAGGAAUGCAAGGCCACUUUCCAGAUGCCAAAGCUGCCUCCAUGGCCCCGCUCAGCUCCCCUCUGCCAUCUCCUGCCCCCUCCAGUUACCGGUCACAGCUUACCAUGGAUCAUCAGACUGAAAGGAGUGGGCAGACAGGGCGACUUCCGUCUUCCACCCCUGCAGUGACCCAGCCUCCCAGCCCAAAAUGCCAUGAGUUCAACAGCCCAGAGCAUGGGCUAGAAGACGGCAUAUGGAGGAGGGCAUCACUGCCCCAAAAAACACCUCCGCCCUGGGUGAAGUGGGCCCACGCAGUCAGAGAAGACAGCCUUUCAGAGGACACCUCAGUACCUGAGUCUGCAAACCUGAAGCACUAUCAAAACCAGAGUCUGCUAAGUUCAUGCAGCACUUCAGACCCAGACACUCCAGGAAGGAUCUCUCUCCGAAUAUCCGAGUCAGCCCUGCAGGCUUCCCCGCUACCUCGGGGGGACUAUGAUGAUGAAGUGUUUGUGAAGGACUUGCACCCCAAGGUUACUUCAAGUCCCACAUUCGAGGCUCUUCCCCCACCUCCACCUCCGUAUCCUCUACCGAGCCAGGAAACCCAAGUGAAUAGCUCCGAUGACUUCCCUCCUCCUCCUCCCCAAGCUAUGCACAAGGCACUGCUAGACAGUGAGGCAUACAAGGAACCCGGCAGCAGUAGUUCCUGCCGAUUUCCCAAGGUGACAGUCACAAGGGACGGGCACGUGCCUGGUGCAGUCCAUUCAGAAGGUAGUCACAUAACGACUCCCAAAGCACCUCAAACUUCAGCCACAGUUUCAGAAGCCGAGUCCAGCACACCUUCCGAUGGGAAUGGGAAUGCUCAGCCACAGCUCGCCAGUUCUCUUGACAAGCAGGCCUCUCCCAGCCAGACCCAAAGCCUCACCCAUGAGCCUGUCGGUAGAACUCAGGAUCUAGGCAAGAAAAUCCAUGCUGAGCCCCAGAAGACCUCGGAAGAUAUCCGAACAGAGGCUCUUGCCAAGGAAAUUGUCCAUCAAGACAAAUCUCUGGCAGACAUUUUGGACCCGGACUCCAGAAGGAAGACAACGAUGGACCUGAUGGAGGGUCUGUUCCCCAGAGAUGCUAAUGUGCUUAAGGAAAGUGGCGCAAAGAGGAAAGCAUUUGAAGAAACCCUCAGACAGACAGGGUAUGAAGUCAAGAGGAGCGAUGACAAGGAAGCGGUGGGUAUGCUGGUCAACUGUCCUGCCUACUACAGUGUGUCUGCAGCCAAGGCAGAGCUGCUGAACAAAAUCAAAGAUAUGCCAGAGGAGGUGCCUGAGGAGGAGGAGCAAGAGGACGUCAACGAGAAAAAGGCUGAGCUCAUCGGAAGCCUCACCCACAAGCUCGAGACCCUCCAGGAAGCCAAAGGGAGCCUGCUCAUGGACAUCAAGCUGAACAAUGCCCUGGGAGAAGAGGUGGAGGCCCUGAUCAGUGAGCUCUGCAAGCCCAAUGAGUUUGACAAGUACAAGAUGUUCAUAGGGGACUUGGACAAGGUGGUCAACCUACUGCUCUCACUCUCUGGACGCCUCGCCCGAGUGGAGAAUGUCCUUAGUGGCCUAGGUGAAGACGCAAGUAAAGAAGAAAGGAGCUCUCUGAAUGAGAAGAGGAAGAUUCUGGCUGGGCAGCAUGAGGAUGCUCGUGAGCUCAAGGAGAACCUGGACCGGAGGGAGCGCGCAGUGCUGGCCAUCCUGGCCAAUUACCUGUCAGCCGAGCAGCUCCAGGACUACCAGCACUUCGUGAAAAUGAAGUCCACACUCCUCAUCGAGCAGCGGAAGCUGGAUGACAAGAUCAAAUUGGGCCAGGAGCAGGUCAAGUGUCUGCUGGAGUCACUUCCCUCGGACUUCAGGCCCAAGGCAGGGGCCAUCUCCCUGCCCCCAGCCCUCACCGGCCAUGUGACUCCCGUGGGGGACUCUGUAUUCAGGGGCAUUUUCCCAACCUUGACCUCUCCACUUUAACCCUCUCCUGAAAGACCCACCCAAAAGAUACCACACUCAACACUAUUUAAUCUAAAAGAUGUCUCACUGCAACUGCAGUUUGAACUGUGGGUUACUGGGGGGCUUCUGGGGUAGAAGUAAGAGACUGCACCCUGAAAGAAGCCCAUCUUUCUCCUCCCUUGCCUUUCACAGUUGGUCUCCCGAGCUUGCAUGCGGCUGGGGCCUUCCCGCUCUGUAUUCGUUCUGCAGUAAAAGGGGGACAUUCGUGACACUGACCUGAUGGGAGGGGGUUUGACCGUGUAGGUUUUCACAGGCUGAAGCAGCAGAGACCAGUGUGUGCCACCCUCAGGACUGUAUCCACAGUGGCCUUCCUUGCUGGUGGGCAAUGCACCCUAUCAUCAGGGUGCAAAUACCAGUCUUCAACGCAAAGCCUUAAAAAGACACACACAUUAAGAAAACUGUAAAACCUUGAACAUUUUUGUUAUUUAUAUUUUUAAAAAUGAAAAAGAUCAAUAUGUGUUUGUGUGCUAACCACUUAUUUGAUUCUGUUUUGUGGUGGAUGUAGACAAUUACGUGUGAGCUUUGUAUUUUAUGAAAACCUUAAUGAAGAAUUCCAAAGAUAGUCAAAUUGAAUAUGGAGAUUUUUGUGGGUUUUCUUCUGCUCUUGUCUGAUUUUUUAAAAAAAAAAACUCUA